AUGCAAUUUUCAAAGUUCUACAUUCUAUUUCUCUUCCCAGUUUUCAUCAAUGCUGCUGGUUCUAACUUCCUCCGUAUGAAGUUCUCAUCCAAUAAAAAAUGUACGAUCAACGUCGAAGCUUACACAGAAAAGCAUGAGUUUUUGUUGUCAGCGAUUGUUCCAGUUUACCCAGGAACUUCAACAUAUCAAGCCUUUCCUUAUAUCGGAAAUCUUUCAUAUAAAUUUACAAUAAGCGACAUGAUAACUGGAAAAUCUAUUGGUACAACAUUGCCACGCCGACUCAAACUUGCGAAUGAAAAUAUUCAUCUUACCUUUAAAGAUUCCCAUUUCAGUAGUAUCCAAUCAUCUUUGGGUACAACAGUGAAAAUCGAAACAAAUGUAGACUGUCCAGAGUGAGUUUUUUAAUCGAGUGAUUCUUUUUGGCCUUUCGUCAAUCGAUUUGUUUCUUCUUGAAUCAAAAUUAUAAAUACUCUGAAUUUCAGAAACUUCACUGGUCUACGCUGUCAACGCUAUAUUGGCAACAAAACUCUUACCAACAAUUGA